GUAGGAUGAAACUUCCGGCUGAAUGUAAAAGCUAGAUCGGCGCUUAAAUUCGGCCACAGUUUUAAGGCUAGCUACAAUUUGUAAACAAUUUUUUAACGUGUCAUGACAUAAUUGAAACAAGCCUCUGGCCGCAUCGACUGCUGAACACAGGCUCUGUGAUCUGUCUGAACGAAUAGUGUAAUGUCAACGUCUUUUUAUCAGUACCAAUACUGUUCUUUAUGCAAAAUGAACCACAAACAACGAAAGAAGAAACACAUUUAUUCAAAAAGGCACCAAGAAGUCUUAAGAAACGUUAUUUGCAAGUUUCAGAGAAAGGUUGCAGAUGCCAAGGCAGUCUUAUCUAGUCCAGUAGUUCAUGGCAGAGGAUGGGAAGGGGAUACCCAAAUCUGGUGCUACUUUUGCGAGGUUGAGGUUCAGAAGCACAGAUCUGAAGAUGAUUGUGUUCUGGUAUUAGGAAGCUUUAUCAAGCAUCUUGCAAGUUCAGACCAUGCAAGAAAAAUAGGGGACUUUUUCUGGCAGAAUAUUAUUCCCAUGGAUAAAAAGCCUGACUUUACAAUCAGUGGUGAAGAAUACAACAGAUUCGUUCUCCUGGCUGAACAAGUUAUUACAGGUUUUCGUGAAAAACUUGAGAAGCAGAUUAAAAAGGAAGCAGCAAACAUUGUUGAGGCAGAUAAAAGAGCCCAAACUGUAAGAUGGAUGGGUAUGCAAGAACAGCUUCUGAAGCAGUCAUUCGGCAGCAUGUCCUGCCAGUCCAGAGUCCAAAGACAAUAUUCUGCUAAACAAUGCGGAGAAGUGACACAAGGAAGAAAGACUGUUGCUGCCUUCAGUGAAGGACUUACCUGUAUUGUGCGACAAGAGGAGGAUAAAGAUCAUGAAAACUUCCAUGGCAAUAUCUUCACUGGAGCAACACCUCCUUGGCUAAGGGAGGAUGAAGAAAAAGGCAGUCAGGAGAUUGGCCCCACCAUGGAAGACUACAAGAAACACUUGGAAAAACAGAGAAAACAAAAGCUGCCUGCCUGCCGAGUUGGAGCAAAAUUUGAUCGUACUGUGGACACUUCAUCAGAAUGGCUGCCAUCGUUUGGGCGUGUGUGGAAUGCAGGUCGGCGCCUCAACUCCCGCCGUCAGUACUUGAAUGAAAAAAGACAAGCAAGGACUGCCACAGUCACUUCAGAUGAAAUCAAGUCCCAGGGUUCUAGUGGUGCUAGUGAAGUUACGUCACAAGAUCUUGAGGCAAAUGGUCAUGCUGAACAAUGUCAAGGGCUUAGUCUUGCUGGUCAAGUGGUCCCAUAUAGAUGCAAAAUUAACUACUACAAUUCACCAUUGUUUGCUGAUUCCCAGGACCCUGUUGCAAAUUUGGAACAGUGCAAUAUAUCUCUGACACCAGAUGGUCAGUUAGCCACUGCAUAUGCAAAUAGUUGCAAACAUUCAGGUCCAUCUUCCCAGUCCACUACUUUUAUGAAGACAUUAAACUCCUCGCCUGCUUUUGUUAACAACGUUGCAUCCCAAUCAGACCUCAAGGAUUUUGCAGCUGCGUCAUCUCCAGUUUAUGUUGUACCAUACAAACGAAAGAAGGAAUCAUACAGUUCGAAGGUGCCUCCAAAAUUUACAAAUUUUAUUCCUAUUGCUGCUUCAUUAUUACAGACUCCCAGAAAGAUGAAUUUCUUAAAAAAUCCAUAGUGCAUUGUUGAAAUGCUCCUUGAGAGUCUAAGUCUGAUGGUGUUAAAAACAAUUUUAAAUAUGUUGAUAUGUGAAUCAGAAUGUCUGUUUUACAAAAAGAAGAGUUCCAAAUGCUUGUACUAACAGCAAUAAACUGAUUAGACAAUGAAAAGAAUUGUGAUUUGUUGAAAAGAUUGAUGCAUAGCUAAUACUAGAGCUUGUGUUUUAUGCAGAAUGCUGUGGCUUGAAGGUUUUAGACUUUUAAAGUUUAAGGUAUCCUUGGGUAAAAUUGUCUGCAAUAUUUUGCAGCCUUUUUCUCAAAGUCCUUUUAAUGAUUUGUGCCCAUACUUAAGUUCAUUAAUGCUUGAUGAUGUAUCUCUGUAUUCACUGACCAUGUGACAUUGCAGUCAAUUGAAAAUACAUGCUCACACUUUUUAAAAAAAUUUAACUGGCCACAAAAGUUUUAUUUUAAGAAAGCCACAUUAUUUCCAAGGCAAAAACAUUACACUACAGUAAAAGACAAAGGAAUCUAAACACAGAAACUGCUGCUUGUGAAGUAGCAUCAACCCUGUGAGUGCCCACAUCCCACCUGAAGACUGGCUGGAGAUUGUUAUAACUCAUUAAAUAGUGUUAGUUUCUGAUGCAGAUAGGUGCUUGCAAUGGUGUGAAUGAAAAUAAGUAACCAACAGGUAUUUAAAAAAAUUGCUAAAAUUAUAUGCAUAGUCAUUGUUCGGGGAACAAAUAUUUUGUGGGCUGUGCUUUGAACAUGCAAGAUGAAAGACAAGCAAAUACAUAAAUAAGCUUAACAGUGGCAGAUGCAAAUGGCCCAUGAAAUCACACUUACAGACAACUUGUUGAAGUGUGCAGUAUUAACAGAUAAGUACUUUUUCCUUACAAUUCAAAUAUUGAAAUAUGAUAAUACCAUCUACAUGGUUGUUUCUCUUGAACAGAUCUUUAAAAAAAAUGUACUGAAAUCUCCAGACAGUUAAUAAUUUAACCUGAUACAAAAGCAGCAUCAAAAUACCCACCUAUAUUGUCCUUUAAUUCCAUUGUCAUAUUACAUUACCUGCAACUCUUGGGUUCUUGUGGUUUUGUGUUACACGUUCGCAUGUAGAAUUGACAAGGUUGACAAAACUCAUCCAAAAAUGUCCAGGACAACACAAUCCAAAAUAAAAGUUUGUUUUAAAUGUUUGAUGAUGACUAUAUUAUUUCUUCGCCAUAUUUUGCAUUGCAAAAAA